AUGUCGUUCCCUUCAGUCAUGACAAGCUUGAUUCGCAAUCCACAAUUAAGAUUGCUGAACGCGCUUCGAGAAAAUGCGAAGCCCAUUAUGACAUUCCUGGGCCUUCCAUCGUUUCGAACGGCUCAGGUGGUUGCUUUGACUGGUGUCGAUGGAAUUAUCAUCGAUUGUGAACACGGCCAUAUCAGUGAUGAAGGUAUGCAUAGCUCUACUGCGGCUAUUGCAGCUCUGGGGGUGUCGCCGCUUGUCCGCAUCAGAAUGACUCAUUCGGAUUUGAUCAAAAGAGCUUUGGAUGCCGGUGCGCACGGAAUUGUUGUUCCUCAAAUAAAUACCGCCGAAGAGGCAGAAGCCGUUGUUCAAUGUUCAAAAUUCCCUCCACAGGGACUUCGUGGGCAGGGUUCAGCGUUUCCAGCCAUCGCUCACGGCAUCGAUAUUCCAACCUACAUGAAAACAGCGAACGAAACUAUCAUCACCUGUGUUCAAAUUGAAUCUCGAACUGGCGUCGAUAAUACUGACGCUAUCUGUGCUGUACCCGGUGUUGACAUGGUUUUUAUCGGGCCAAACGACCUUGCUCUAUCUAUUCUUGGUUCUGUUCCGGCCAAGGGAAACGAGCCUGAUUUUGUCAAUGCUAUCGAAAAGAUCGUGGUAGCUGCUAAGAAUCAUGGUAAAUGGGUCGGCCGAUUAUCAAAUGACGGAGCUUCUUGCAAAGAACACCUAGAGAUUUUCGAUACAGUGGCCAUGAGCUAUGAUAUUCGAGCGAUUCAGAGCUGGUAUGCGAGCGAGUUGCAAGUUGCGCGUUCGUGA